AUGGCAGGCGACGAGGCUGCGGAGGGCAGCGGGAGGAUGCACAUGGAUCUAAACCUGCAUGUCGGCCUCCCUCCAUUGCCACAGCCUCGAGUCCAGCUCGACACUUCCACAGCUUCUUCCUCGACGUUGAUGCCCCCCAACUUGACCGGUGCUACGCCGGAAGCUCCAACAACCGGCGAGCCCGAGGAAUCACUCGCCCCGGCGGCGACAACCUUUUCGCCGUCGAAUACGACGCUCUUCGCCCUAGAGGAGCACCCAAUGCUUGACCCCAUUGUUUAUUCCUGGCUCGACGGCAAUAGUGCCAGCGGUGAAGAGUACACUGAUGCUCCUGAGCCGUCGGCGCCAGCGCCGGUGGAUGGUCUUCUGGUAGCAAGGUCUGUGCGACCUAGCCGAGUGGCUGCUGCUACUGGAAUGGAGAUGGUGAACACAAGUACACUUGGGCAGCAGUCCACUCAAGGGGCUGCUGCAACUACAAUUGAGCUCCGUUUUCUGAGGAUGAUACAGAUCAGCCAGCAACACAACAUUGUGAGGCCAGGAUCAGCUAACCUCACUCAAAGCUCCUUCGAAGCGGCAAGGGGGCCAAAUCCGGAUGGCGGCGACAACUCCAGCUUUGAGUGUACCAUCUGUCUUGAGCUAGCUAGACAGCCUGUGGUUACAUCUUGUGGCCACCUCUUCUGCUGGCCGUGCUUGUACCAGUGGCUCCAUGCACAAUCAUCCUCCUUUGAGUGCCCUGUCUGCAAGGGCGAGGUGUUGACAGGGGAUAUCACUCCGAUAUAUGGAAGAGGCGGUGAAGAAGAAGGGGUGUCCACCGCCACCACCAACCCUAACUUGCCACCCAGGCCGCAAGCACACAGAAGGGAGAGCUUGAGGCAGCAGCUGCAAAUGGCGGGAAGGGACGGGAACACAAGAGAAAUGGUAAGGGUGCUGAGGCAGUUGAUACAAGACGAGAACCAGGGUUGGGAUGCAAUCCCAGCGAGGGUCGAGACGACUUGGGUUCCUGCAGCCCGGCAAAGGGCUGGCGCUCGGAGACAGCAAAGGCAGGAUAGGAAUGCUGCACCUGCACAGGUGGUUCUUGCAGCUCCUCAGCAGCCAUCGUCUAUGGAACAGCUAUUGACUUCUAGCACUGCAGCUGCUAUAGUAGCGGGCGAACCUGGGCCAAGUAGUCGGUCAAGAAGGCCUUCGGAGUCUCCAACCAUAAGAAGGACAAGGAGGAGGCCACAGUAG